AUGGCGACCAUGCCUGCUGCCACCAUCUACCCCCAGAGCCAUGUCGGUUUCGACAGCAUCACUUCCCAGAUCGAGCGCAAGCUCCUGAAGCGUGGAUUCCAGUUCAACGUCAUCUGUGUUGGCCAGACCGGUCUGGGCAAGUCGACUCUGAUCAACACCAUCUUCGCCUCCCACCUCAUGGAGUCCAAGGGUAGGCUGCAGCCCGAGGAGGUCAUCCGUUCGACCACCGAGAUCCACCCCGUCUCCCACAUCAUCGAGGAGAACGGUGUCCGGCUGCGCUUGAACAUUGUCGACACCCCCGGCUACGGCGACCUGAUCAACAACGACCGAUGCUGGGACCCCAUCGUCAAGUACAUCAAGGACCAGCACUCUGCCUACCUGCGAAAGGAGCUCACUGCUCAGCGUGAGCGCUACAUCCAGGACACUCGCAUCCACUGCUGCUUGUUCUUCAUCCAGCCCUCGGGUCACUCCCUCAAGCCCAUCGACAUUGUCGUUCUGAAGAAGCUGUCCGAUGUCGUCAACGUCGUUCCCGUCAUCGCCAAGGCCGACUCUCUCACCCUCGAGGAGCGCCAGGAGUUCAAGGAGCGCAUCAAGGAGGAGUUCGCCUUCCACAACCUGAAGAUGUACCCCUACGACAACGAUGACCUGGAUGAGGAGGAGCGCAACGUCAACACCCAGAUCAAGAGCCUGGUUCCCUUCGCCGUCGUCGGCUCCGAGAAGUCCAUCAUUGUCAACGGCAAGCAGGUCCCCGCUCGCCAGAACCGAUGGGGUGUCAUCAACAUCGAGGACGAGAACCACUGCGAGUUUGUCUACCUGCGCAACUUCCUCCUCAGGACCCACCUUCAGGACUUGAUCGAGACCACCUCGCAGAUCCACUACGAGACCUUCCGUGCCAAGCAGCUUCUGGCCCUGAAGGAGAGCAGCGCACAAGGUCACGGCAGCAGGCCCAUCAGCCCUUCCGCUGACCGCGAGCUCAGCCGAAACUCGCAACGCAUGACCAUGAACGGCUACUAA